AUGACGAUUAUGGUAAUGGUGACGCUAAAGGUCACAAUCAUGGUAAUGACCACAGUAAUGGUGAUUGUAACGGUGAUGGUAAAUCUGACGGUAAUGGUUACGGUGACGGUAACAAUAAUGGUAACAGUCACGGUAACGGUGACGGUGAUGGUGAUGAUGACGGUCAUGGUGACGGUGAUGCUAACGGUGAUGGUAACGGUCACAAUCAUAGGGACAAUAACAGUGACGAUAACGGGAACGGUGACGGUAAUGGUUAUAAUGAUGGUAAAGGUAACUAUCUUGCUAACGGUCAAGGUAAUGAUUAGGGUGACAGUAACGGUAGCGAAAACUAUAACGGUGACGGUAAUGAUGACGGUGAUGGUGAUAGUAAAGGUGACGAUAACAGUAAUGGUGACUGUAAUAGUAGCAGUAACAGUCACGGUAAUGGUGACGAUAAAAGUAAUUGUAACGGUAACAAUGACUAUAAUGGUAAUGGUAACGGUGACGGUAAUGGUAACAGUAACAACGAUGGUAUUGGUUACGGUGACGGUAACAGUAGCGAGUACGGUAACGAUGAUGGUAACGGUGGCGGUGACGGUAACGGUGAUGCUAAUGAUGAUGGUGACGGUCACAAUGAUGGUAAUGGUGAUAGUAAAGGUCACAGUCUCGGUGACAAUAACGGUAACAGUGAUGUCAACGGUGACAGUAAAGGUGAUAGUAAUGGUUAUGACAAUGGUAAUAGUUACGGUAAUGGUAAUGGUAACAUUGACGGUAAUGGUAACAGUCACGAAUCACGAUUAUGGUAAUGGUGACGAUAACAGUGAUGGUGACGAUGACGGUGAUGAUAACAGUGAUGCUAACCAUGAAGGUGACGGUCACAAUAAUGGUAAUGAUGAUGGUAACUGUGAUGAAAAACAGUGA